CUUGCUGCAAGUGUUCCCAAGCUUGCCAAUUGGGAUUGGGAUGCACGUAUCACAUCUGCUUCUGCCCUUUUCUUUUUUCAGAAGAAAAAAAUUAGCUCUCUGAAAUGAGCUUGCUUUGCCUACAGUGUCUUUGAAAUCAAGAUCCUAAUUUUGCAGCCUAGCCUGGUCCUGAGUAAAACUGUGUGUGUAUACGCACACAAUAUUUUAUUUUCCUAACUUGGCAAAUAGAGGAAGGGAGCAUGUUGCAGUACAUAGAAUCCAAUACAUGGAAGCCAAAUGCAGGUUUCAAACUGAAGUGCUAUAGUAUCUGUGCUGUGGGCAAGCAUUAUGAAGGGAGAGGGGUGGGGAGAGCAGAUUAGAGAAAAGGCAGAUGAAUUGGAAAGGAGGAGGCAGGGGAAUAAAACUUCAUUCACCAAAAAGUAGAGAUUCAGGUUAAUAAGAUAUUUUAAAACCAUUUCAAAUUCAAAUAUUAACAAAGUAAGGUCAGAAUGUUUUACUUUGAUUAUUCUAUAAGCAGAAUAAGUUUUUUUAGCUUUGAAAUCAUCUUUCAACUUUGAAUUUUAUUUUUCUGAAAUGACAUUUUAAAAUGUACAAACACAUUGAACAAAACCAGCUGAAUAUCAACUGGAAUACGAAAGAAUAGAUCCUGAUCCCUUCCUCAGCUUCCCAGCCCCACUGCUCUCCAGUGAAUGACUUGCUGAUUCAGUAUGUAAAUGCUCAUUUGAACUAAUGGCAUAGGAGAGGUUUCGGUUAUCGGAUUACUUUGGUUUACAUUAUUAAUGUGGCAACGUUAUGUCCAGAUAAAACAGCAAUUAGCUAUUUCCAAUCACAUAAUUGUUAAUCGUUUCCUAAAAGGUGGGAAGUAGCAUGCUGGGACUCCUCUGAUGAUUGCUGGAGAGAGCAACAGCAGAACACGGAGCAUUUUUAAUCUUUUGUAUCCAGCAUUUAUGUACUUACAAUAAAAACAAAGUACCAUUUACAAAUCCGAUGUCAUCUACUGAAACUUGUAAAAUUUUGGAACUAAGUAAGGUGGGUGUUUUUUUUUCAAAGCAAUUGAGAGUUAUUCUUGUUAUGACUGCUUCCUGUUCCUGUGCUGAAUUAAGCUGGGACAGCAGCAGUGUGGUUGGUAGGGCUCAUUUCCCCACCUCCUCCCCUCCAAUUUAAUUUACAAGCUGCUGGACAUCGUCCAACAGGAAAUCCAGUCUUAUUGAGAAAACCAUUGAGAAAACCUACAGGAGAAGAUACUGGCUUUAAAUGCUAGUGUGGUUUCAAAUGAGAUCUAGAAAUGUUUCCAGGAACCCAGACAAGAGUUGGUCCCUCCUCAUGCCAGGCUUUGCUGAAGCUGAACCCCUUGGCACACCUUUCCACAGCAGCCCAUGGACAGGACCCUGUGCGAGUGGCCAGAGAACCAACCUGCAGAAGACCUUGCAGAACCAGGUGAGCCUGGUCACCCCAACAUUUCCCGAGUCCACCUGCCUAGGUGCUGAUUUGGGGGAUUUUCCACAGCUUGAGGUAGAAGCAUGAGGUGCUGUCAGCCUGGUCCCAUGCUGCAAGACCCCUGUGAGCACAGCGUGCCCAUGCCGUAGCACCAGUACUCCCACAUCAAACCUUGGAGCAGUUUGAAACCGCAACAGAGCUGCUGUGUGUCUGCAGACAGGCACAGGGAAAGGGUGAAAUGUCCCUUCUUUGUUUCCUCUGAAGAGAAAAAGUGAACAAGAAUCGAAAUUCCUGGGAGAAAACUAAGAAACCCUGCCUGGAGGACCGUGGUUUUUUUUAAUACAGGAUAAAUCGUUUGACAUAUGCAGGGAAACCACACUUGGGUGCCUCUGCUGACUGUGCAGGAAUAUGAUCUUGCAGGGCUGUAUAUAUGAUGUCUGCUCCAAGACCUGUCAGAUACUGGAAAUACAGACAGAUAUAGGACUGUGGCUGCACUGACAGUGAGAAAUCUGAGGUUCAACAGCUCCAUGGAUGACAUUGCAAUUAAAAGGGAUAAAAACAAUAAAAAAAAAGAUGCUCACAAGGUAUCGAUUUACAGUGAGCUCAAGUCUCCAGUUUGUGGAGAGUUGUUUGCUUUUAGAGAGGAUGGUAUGCUGCUCCCAGCAAAGCUAUGUAAACAUUUUCUACCAAGCCAGAAUGUUUUUCCUAGAGCUAUCUCAUGCAUACUGAAGUUCUUAGCUUCAGUUCAGAAGUGUAUUUUACUAGAGAAUUCACAUAAGCAAAAAUGAAGCUCUAGGACCUGAUCCUAUAAAUCUCAUCAGUCAAAGGGAAGCAUAAAAGCAUAAAAGUUAUGCUACUGUGGAGAUGAAAGCCAGAUACUACAUAGCAGGUCAAAAGCCAGACAAGACAGGCCAGAUGCAGAAGAAAGUAAGUUCAGCUUCAUAAUCACAUUUGUGGCGUUAUGUUUUGAAUUUUUUUUUUUAAUACUAUGUCUAUGAAAUGCACUCAGAGUGCACCCUUUCCAGAAACUCAAACAGAGAUUUAUGUGUUUCAGCCGCUACUGAUCUAGUGUGACUGGAUCAUCGUGAAAUAAAAAUGUUCAGGGUAAUCCAACUGAACGCAAUUUGUGUAACAAAAAAAAAUUAAAGUAAUGUUUACAUCUGAAAAAGUUUGCAUAGUCAAGACUACUUGACCUGUUGUUAAGCUUUAUGCUUCAGUGCUAUGUUGGGAAACACUGUCAGCUUUUUAGACUGAAAGGCUCGAGGUCAGACUGGAAAGCUCCUAACCCUUCUCUGAUUUCCAUGGGGAAGAGCAGAGCUGAGGAUCAGACUUCAAGGUACAGGAAUGCAAACACUUGGGACUGUGCACAGCUCAGAGGGCUGACUGAGCCUGCCUCACAGGGCUCUGUGCUUGGCACACACUGGUUUGUGUGGCUCCAUGCAGCACUGAAUACUGCAACCCCACCAGCAGUGUGAUAACCAGCCUGGGGAGAGCAUGUUGAGCGUUGUACCCACUUUCUGCACUGAGGUUUGGGGUUCACUUUGCAAGGCAUCACCAGCUUUUGGCUUUCAAAGAAUGAUGUUCAGCAGAAGCUACUCCUUGAUGAAAGGAGAAGGUCCCGAAUAUCCCCGGCCACUAGAAAGUUGGGAGGAAUCGGCUUCAGGUAAGUGCUGGUGUGCAAUGAAGGGGAACCAAGCAGUAGGAAUAAAGCAUGCUGCUUCGUAAUGAUGCUGAUUUUGCAGAUGUAUCUGCCAGAAAUGUCUGCUGCGCCUGGCUGGGUGUGCUCACGCCUGGCAGACGCGCAUGCGUAUGUCGCAAUAACCAUAAGGAAAUGUUACUCAGCUCUGUUUUCCUGAGGGUCUGUGGCACAGAGGUAUCCAUGCUGUCCCAUGGAGAGAGGCUUCGACAGAGACAGCAAGGUACAGAUGUGCUGUUGGGAGUUCACAAGGAGUUCUCACAGGCCAGUUGUACUUUAUUUUCAAAGGUCUUACUGCACCUGGGGCACCUUUCCCAUGCGGAGCAGGGGUUCAACAGGCUCAUCCAACCUGUCGGGCACAAGGUUGAUGCCCCCAGCUCCCAAGGGUGGUAGCUGGGCAGCCUUCCAGGGGGGGUGGCACAUGCCGGGCUGUGACAGCUUUCCCGGGGUUGCUGCUGGGCAGGGAGGGUCAGAGACACAGGAAGUUGGGGAUUUCAUGGCUUGGCUUUAAGGUCUGUUGGAGUUAGUCGUACCGUAAGUCAUGUUUAUAUUUCAUUAAUUCAUCUUUUCUCCUUGUGUGAGAGAAAAGGUAGUAUGAGGUUGCUUUUUAUGUUUAAAAUUCCCUCUGUAUCAAGUUAUUCCUGUAGAGAUAUAAAAAAAUUUACAGAUGCACAAGAUCCGAUAGAGAAAUCUUCAGCAAAAGGUGAAGGACACUACCUGUCCUGCCAGCAAAGUAUUUCUGUCUGCUUUUUAAGUGUUUCAUGUCUGUUUAUUUCUAGUUGGGGUUAGUUGGUGAGUGGAAAAUCCCUGCAAGGAGCAGAAAUUGGAAAGUGAAAGCAAGGCAUAACUGGACAUUUUUGAAGGUUCAUGUGAUUAGGGCGGACUGGGAGCCCUGGAUCUUGGCAGGGGAGCCAGCAGGGGUUAGCAUCUGCCUAUGGAGUGGGGAUAGAGCGAAGAGGGAGGGAGGCAGCAGUGGAGAAAAGCUGCUUGGAAGUAUCAUCCCACCCCACUUGCCUACUUUCCUCUCCAUUUCCCCCAUCCCCCUCAAAUUCCACAUUUCAAAUCCACAAACUUCAAAUUCUUCAACCAGUGCUAGCAGCAGCACCAUUGUGCUGUGCAGAGGGGAGAAAAGGGAUGGCCACAUCCAAAGAAACCUCCUGCUGGAUCUCUUGAAUCUCCUGCAGUGGGACUGAUCUCCUGCAAUGGUCGAGAAGACGAGUUUGGAGCAUUUUCUAGGAACAGACCUGGCUGCUGUUACUGAGCAGAAAGAGCGACCGUGGUCUGAAGGCAGCAUUGGAACAAGUGACAUCUGCAAAGGAGACUUGAGUCUUUCCUCACUCUUUCUUCUGGCAGUCCAGGAACUGCCAAGCCUUUGUUGUGUGGACCUUUGCACUGUAAAUAACUCUGUGAGGGAGCUCCUCCUAUAACCAUUUCCUCUCACUAGCCUGCUCCAAAUUCCCAUGAUCCCUGCCGAAGUAUGAAGGACGUCAGAGCCGGAUGCAUGAUCAUUUCCAGUUUCUGUUUCCGUAUUGUGUUCAAAUUCUUCAGGCAGCUCAGAGCAGACCCUUGCCACAGACCCUUGCAAGCUCCACGGCUGGCAGGGGGGCAUCUCUCAGCUCUGGGUAUGUGAUCCACGAUAGUUAAUGUUGCAGGGACAGUGAAGUGGUGAAAAAAGUGUUGUCUGGGUCCAAAACUGGGAUAUUGACUGGAGUCUGAAGCACAGCAGCAAGCAAAGUAAAAUCCUCCGAAUUGGAAUUAUUGGUGGCUACCUGUUUCAGCUUCUUCUCUUUGUAGGUGCUGUGUCUCUAGGGUAGAGUGCAGAGCAGAGACUUUGCUGGUAAGUAAUGAUAUCCCCUGCUCCAAGGAAUUUGACCUUGUCUGGCUGUCAGACACCUGGCUAGCUCUCACUCCUCAUCCUCAAAAGGACAGGAGAGAGAAAAUAAGAUGGAAAAGUUCAUGAGUUGAGAUAAAGACAAGAAGAUCACUCCCCGUCUUCUCAGAUUCAACUUCACUCCCCUGUUCCUGACUUUUCUACCUCCCCCUGCCCCUACACCCCCCCUCCCCCAAUACAGCAGGGAAGGGAAAUGGAUGUUGUCCUCGGUAACUCAGUGAGAGUUGCCCUCUGCACCUCCAUCAUGCUCAAAAAUUUCCCAUGCUCCAGAACGGUUCAUUUCCCAUGGGCUGCAGUCCUUCAGGAUAAGCCUGCUCUAGCAAGGGUUCCUCUCCACGGACUGCAGCUUCCUUGAGGGCCUGCCCACAUGCUGCAGCGCGGGGUUCUCCAUGGGCUGCAGUGUGGAUAUCUGUUCCACCAUGGUCCUCCACAGGUUGCGGGGAGGCAGCCUGACUCACCAUGGCCUUCUCUAAGGGCUGCAACGGAAUCUCUCCUCCAGCACCUGGACCACCUCUUCCCCUCCUUCUUCACUGGCCAGCGCUGUUUCUCUCACAUUUUUCCUUACUCCUCACUGCUCAGCAGCUUUCUCAGAGGCACCACCAGCUUGGCUGAUGAGCUCCGCUGUGUCCCGCAGUGGGUCUGCUGAGCUGGCUGUGUCUGGUGUGAGGCACCCCAGGGGCUUUGCUCACAGAGGCCAUCCCUUCAGCCAACCACUGCCAGGACCUGAGCACCUGCACCUGGUACAGUACCUGUGAGCAGCAGCUUUGUUUUCCUGAACAUUGAAGGAGGGAUGAUGCUAUCAGUGCCUUCUGAAAGCACUCUGACUUCUGCAGCUGAUCACACACUGCUCAGAAGCCAACUCUUAUGCCUGUUAGCCAGGUGGCAUCACUGGCCUUCAUGCAACAAGCUGAAUUUAUUGUGUCAAGUGUAUUUCCUUACUAUGUGUAUUUUAGAAAGAUAUAUUGUAGAGAAAAACAGUGAUACAGGUCCAAGACAGAGAGGUCAGGGUUAUUUCUGUGGUGCUUACCAUGCCAAUGUCACGGGUUUACUUUUUCUAAGAAAACCAAAUGGGAAUUUUCCUUUGCCCUGCUGCAUGUGGGGGAAGGAUAUUGAGUUGGGAAGACAGCUCUCUGCCUUGGGUGAUUAACUACACAAAGGAGCUGGCUGGCAGAACUACAUUCCAGGCUAAUGGCCCUUCCAAAUCUGCGGGGAGGGGAGUAUUUUCUCCUCCUCUCCUUUCAAACGGGGAACAGUUCACUUUUUGCCUUAAGGGAGGCAAGGUGUGUGUGUAUGUUUUGCACUCGACCUGGUCAUCUGGCUGCUCUCCUCAGCUUGCCUGCGCGCUGCCCCUGCCUCCAGCCCGAAUCUGCUCAGAAUUCAUCGGAGAGUUUGUGCUCGUCGGGGAAACGGAGGAGUCCCGACCGCAGCCAGCCGCAGACAAAGGCAGAGCAAGCAGCCAAGCACUGAUCAGCUCUUCUGCACCUGUGUUAUCUCUGGAUUCAUCUGUCUGCUCCUGAAAUGGAGUACUCCUGGUAUUGGCUUGAUGAUUCUGAGCAGUGGAUUGAGUAUGGGGAAGAGCAUCCAGAUCACUGCUCUGCCAGUGUAACGUCUGCAUUUCUGGAGAAUGAAUAUCUAGCUGACAAGAACGCUGUUGUUUUUUUCUGGGCUGGUUCUCAGCACUAUAAGAUAAACUUUGCAGACAUGGUCCAAACAAAUUUGCUCUUUAAAACACAAAGAAAAGUUAUUCGAUGGCCAAAACAUCCGUUACCUGAAGGUGGACAAGACAGAAGCCCAAACACGACUCUAUCUUGUUCUGUCUAUCCUCCACAAUGGGACCAGUCUGCACUACCUGACACUGGGUUCAAGUUGAUACAGCUCAGCUUUGAUUCCCACGAAUAUGGAAUAAUCAAAAGGCUGUUUGAAAAGACGAUGAAAGAUUAUUGCAUCAUUCAACUUCAGAGGAUCCAGAACCCAACACUUUGGGAACUUUUUCAGUGGCAAAAAGAGAAGAUGAAGAAGGUCAAUAAAUCAAAAUGGGUGGAUGAGCGGCUCCUGUUCCAUGGGACAAAUCCAUCCCACGUGUCUGCCAUCUGUGAGCAGAACUUUGACUGGAGGCUCUGUGGGACUCAUGGGACAAUGUUUGGAAAAGGAAGCUACUUUGCCCGAGAUGCCAGCUAUUCUCACGAAUACUGUUCUGCUCGCAAUGGUCACUACACCAUGUUUGUAGCUCAAGUUCUUGUUGGAGACUUUGUUCAGGGAAACUCUAAAUACUGCCGCCCUCCAGCCCGAGCCAGCAAUUCAAACAGACUUUAUGACAGCUGUGUGGAUGACCCAAUAGACCCUUCCAUCUUUGUCAUCUUUGAGAAGCAACAAAUUUACCCUGCCUAUAUCUUGAAGUACAGCGCUGAGACCCAGUGUGUGGUCCUGUAAUGAAUGGUGGAAUCUCCUUUGAAUUCACAUUGAAUAAAUUACUCUUCAUUAA